CAGUAGACCCGCCUUGGGCGCUUGAGUCAUCCUGGCUCUGCCUGGACUGCCUGGCACCAAGUGGCCUAAAUACCCUGAAAAACCCUUCCUGUUUUGGUUACUCUCCCCACAACAACCUUCGUUGCAAUAUUUUGUAGAAGGGAAGUGAGUGAGGCGGUUGGAAGCAAGAGAAGUGAAGAAGUGACCAGUGUUCAUAGAAGGGAGAGGUGACUUCUUAAGUUACGUAAACUCUUAGGGGCUGCCCAAGAGAUAAGCACGUCCUCCUGGAAGCGGGAGGGCUUCCCAGUACAAAAAAGAAACCAAAGCCCUUCUUCCCAGAGCCGCUCUCGGACCUCCUGCACCAUGGCGCCAGCUCGCUGCUUGUUGCUGUUGCUGCUGCCGCUGCUGCGAGUCUUAGCGGGCACCUCGCAGCCUCCACUGCUCGAGCCCUGCGAGCUGGACGACGAGGACAUCCGCUGCGCCUGCAACUUCUUAGAUCCGGAGCCCGACUGGUCCAGCGCCCUACAGUGUACGGUGGCCGUGGACGUGGAGAUCCGAGCCGGCGGCCGCAGCCUGGAGCAGUUUCUGAAACGCGUGGACCUCCAGGCCGACCCGCGGCAGUACGUGGACCUGGUCAAGGCGCUGCGCGUGCGGCGGCUCACGGUGGGAGCCGCACAGGUUCCCGCUCCGCUCCUAUUUGGUUUACUGCGGGUGCUAGCGUACUCGCGUCUCAAGGAACUGACGCUAGAGGACCUGGAAGUCACCGGCGCGCCGCCGCCUAUGCCACUGGGAGCCACCGGACUUGGGAUCUCCACCUUGCGCCUCCGCAACGUGUCGUGGGCGGCCGGCGGUGCGUGGCUCGCCCAAAUGCAGCGGUGGCUCAAGCCGAGUCUCCUCAAGGUAUUGAACAUUGCCCAAGCAAAUUCGCUUGUCCUAGCCUGCGAACAGGUCCUCAGUUUCCCAGCCCUCACCACCCUAGACCUGUCUGACAAUCCUGGGCUAGGUGAGCGCGGACUGGUCGGGGUGCUCUGUCCCCACAAAUUCUCGGCCCUUCAGAAUCUAGUGCUACGCAAUGCAGGGAUGGAGACUCCCAACGGCGUGUGCGCUGGGCUGGUUACGGCUGGGGUGCAGCCCCACAGCCUGGACCUCAGUCACAACUCACUGCGCGCUACCCCAAACAUUGGCGAUCCCCAGUGCAUCUGGCCUAGCACGCUAAACUCCCUCAAUCUGUCAUUUGCUGGGCUGGAGCAAGUGCCCCAGGGACUACCCGCCAAGCUCAACGUGCUGGAUCUCAGCUGCAACAAGUUGAAGAGAGCGCCGCGGCUAGACGAGCUGCCCAAGGUGGGUAACCUAUCACUGCAAGGAAAUCCCUACCUCCUCGCUGAAGCCUCCUUCCUCCAAGAGAAUGCUAUGAACUCUGAACCUGGGAUGGCCCUGGCCUGUGCACGUUCACACCUGGCAGUGGGAGUGUCGGGAACACUGGCUGUGCUCCAAGGGGUCCGAGGCUUUGCCUAAGCCACGGGAGAAUGAAUGUCCUUUUUUGGGAGCACCAUCACAACACCAGCACUUCUUGAUCAGCCAACCUUUUGCCUCAACUUUAUUAAAAUUUUAAACCACAA